AUGGAGAACUGCGUGAGAGGUCGAGCGGGAGGAAGGGUAAGGGAGGAGGCGGGUUCGUCGCUGCCCCUGCCUCCGCCGCCGCGCCUCGCGGCCGCGAAUCCCUCGAAUGCUGCUGCGGCGGCGUCCAUCCGGGCGCACCUGGCGCGCACCGCGAGCGGGGUGGACGCGCAGCCGUCGCCGCGGUCGCUGCUGUCCCGCAUCCUUCUGCGCGGCGGCGGGGACGGCGCGGGAGGGUUCGGGUGCCGGGUGCGGCUGCCCCGGCGGUACGGCGGCGGCCUGAGGGAGGAACGGAAGGACGGCGCCGAGCAGGGGGAGACUCCCCGGGUUAAGGUCGUGGAGCCACCGCCACCGCCGCCGCCGGAACUGCCCCUCGAGACGCCACGGAGUUCUCUAGGGAGGAAGAAGCCGGAGGAGGAGCUGGUGUCCAUGAACCUGGGCCUGGGCGCGAGCCUGGUGCUGCUGCUGUCCAAGAGCGCCGUGGAGCUGAACAAGAUGGUGGAGCUGCGCGCGCAGAUGGAGGCGCUGGUGUCGGAGAUCAGGCAAGCGGCGCGGUGGAAGGCGGAGGAGGAGAAGCAGGCGAACCACCCCGCUGCGCCGUCCACCUCGCAGGAAUCCGACGGCAGGAGCGCCACCACCACCGCCGUGAAGGACCCGAUCGCGUUCCCCGCGGCCGACGCCGACGCGGCGUCCAACUGCUCCCGCACGGCGGCCGACACCGCGGUCGUCUCGGGCCGCGCAGCCGUGGUCAUGGACCUCAUUGAGGCGGAGCUCCAGUCCGAGCUGAGCCGCAUGCAGCAGCGCCAGCACGGCGGUACGGUGCACGGCCACGGCGGCGACAGCCGGAUCGCCCCGAUGCCAGGACUCGAGUUGCCACUGUUGAAGGUGAAGACGAAGAAGGGCGACGCCGACGAUAGCACGUCGCGUAGCGGCGUGGACAACGGCGACGACGGUGCCAACAAGCACGGCGAUGAUGAUGAAGUGGACGGCAAUGGUGAGGAUGACGACUACGAGGAGGAGGAGUACGAGGAGGAUGACGACGAGGAAGAUGGGGGUUACGGCGAGGACAGGAUGAGCCCCCCGCACGGCGGCGUGUCAGCGCGCGCGCUGGAGCGGCGGCUCCACGAGCUGCUGCAGAAGCGGCAGCAGGAUCGGAUCGUGGAGCUGGAGUCGGCGCUGGACAGCGCGCAACACAGGCUCCACGAGAAGGAGCGCGAGGUGGGGCUGGGGCUACGCGACCCGCGGCGUCUUGUCGCGCUCCUGCCGUGCACGCGUGCGGCUCAGAGGCCGCGGGUUUCUGGGCUGCAGCCUGCAGUGCAGCGGAAGCACUGGGGUGGUGGUGUGUGUCGUGUUGUUGUCCGGUUCUGA